CUGACGAAUAUUGUACACGAUAUGGACACCGAAAUUUCAGAAGUUCCGAUUGUCUCUUUUCGCCCAGUCAAGCGGCAUAAGUUUCUGCGCAAAAGACUCGACGAGUCCGAUGACGUAUCGACACCAGACAACGCAGCGACUGAAUACAGAGCAGCAUCGGAAGAGGGGCAAGCUUAUAAUGGAGAGCUACAAGAUGAGGGCAACGAAAACGAGGUGUUGUCGAAGAUUAUGCGACCGCGAAAGUUUCAGCGCAUGCGAAGAGGUGGCAUCGAGUUUUCGACAAGCAGCGCACAGCCAGUUGAGAAGAAUGAUAGCCUUGCUUUGACGGCAGAGCCUACAGAAGCAGAUAUCAUCAAGGCGAAGCUUGAUCGCUUUACAGCUCAUACAGGGCAGAAAGUUGACGUUGACAAGCAUAUGAUGGAAUAUAUAGAAUCAGAAAUGGCUAGGCGACAAAAUCUCACUCAAGCAGAAAGGGAAACCUCAACGGCCGGUCGCCUUGAUAAGUCAAAUGCGAACGACUCGUUCAGCAAUGCAUUUUCGAAACGUGAACCAGCUACGCUAGGGAAACUGCAUGAGAUUGAUCUUGGUCAGGAGACAAAGCUGCAGAAUAUCGCUCGCACUGAAGCAGCAACACGGCGUAUGGCCGGGGAAUCCCCAGAUGCAGUUGACGAAUCUCCGUCGCUUGGGCAAAACGGCAAACCAUGGAGGAAUCGGAGACGCAAUAGCAAAGAUAUUGAACGGGAUAGACUCGUGGAAGAAGUUUUACGGGAGAGUAAAUUGGACGUAUAUGACGAGCCGGAACAAUCACCAACUUAUGAUGAUCAAGCCGCGGAUGAUCGAAUAGCAGAACAAUUCCGGCGCGAUUUCAUGGAAGCUAUUCAGAGCAGGCGCCGAACGCAGAGGAACCGCACCACCACAACUACUACUAAUAAGAGAGUUGCUAAACCCGAGCCACCACGUGGACCGAAGCUGGGUGGCAGCCGGAGUGCUCGUGCUGCAAUGCGAGAGAUGCAAGAAAAGGGUGCGAAGAAGUGAUUACGGCCUUGCCUGGUGACUAUUACAUACUUAGUGGCCAGAGAGCGUGUUGCCCGAACAAGGAUGAACGCUUGGAAAGCAGCUCCAUUUAGAUCAGCGAUGACCGGUAAUGUCGAGGCCAGUCGCGUCCGCAAAGGAUGACUGAGUCAUUGUUCUUCGCCUUAAAAGGAUUUAUCCACUCUUGUCAAAAAAAUCGUCGCUCUGCAGAAGAUUUUGAUUAGCCGGGUCUUAUAUGCGGCCACUCUGUCUCUGUCUGCUUUUGAAGUUUUCGGCACGUUGAAUCUCCUUGACUUUGAGAUUAUGAAACAGUCGACGACAAAGAGUUGGUAAUAUCGGAGUUAUCCUUUGAAUAGAUUUCUUUGCUCUCUACCAC